AUGUCUUCACAUCCCACCAUGUCGAAAUUUCCAGAAGUGCAAGGCGGAGGCUCGCUCAUCCUGGCAUGGCAGAUUAAGGAUAAGCAUGUAUUAGUGGUUGGAGGCGGAGAGGUCGCUGCGGGGCGCAUCCUCAACGUCCUCAAUGCCGACGCACGAGUCACAGUGGUAUGCCCUGCUUCCGGACUAAACGAAGAAGUUGCAUUCCGAGUUUCCGAAAAGCAAGUGGCACAUAUUGACCGUAACUUCGAGCCACACGACCUCGAUGGUGCAGACAUGGUGAUGUGCGCCAUUGACGACCCAGAAGCUUCUUCAGAGGUCUGGAAGUUGUGCAAGGAGCGCCGAAUCGCAGCCAAUAUUGCCGAUGUUCCACCCGAAUGUGACUUUUACUUUGGAAGCGUCCAUCGUGACGGACCACUGCAGGUCAUGGUCAGCACGAAUGGGAAUGGGCCUAAGCUGGCGAGUAUUGUACGUAAGAAGAUCGCCGAGACUCUGCCUAGCAACAUGGGAGCAGCGAUUGAAAACGUUGGGAGGCUACGGAAGAAGCUUCGUGAGGUUGCGCCCAAUCCAGAGCAGGGCCCAAAACGGAUGAAAUGGAUGUCCGGUGUUUGCGAACAAUGGAGCCUGGAAGAACUUGUUUCCAUGACCGAGAAGGACAUGGAUGGUGUUUUGUCAUUUUAUGAAUCAGGCAGAGUGCCCACAAUACAAGAAGCCCGAGCAGAAUAA